AUGAAAUCUGUGACGUGCAUCGAAGCGGUAGGUCACGGAGCACUGACCGUUGGGCUGGCCGCGCUGCUGGCUAUACCGCAGAAGAUGGUUUCAGCUCUGUUAAGUCAUACGCCUGACGGAGAGAAAGACCUUAUGCAAACCUUGCUGCAGAAUAUGAGCUCUGAGUUGAGAAUACGAGUCAUAAAAUAUGUCCAAGCACAUGGGGCCAAGGAAGGUGCACAGCACAUCCUACGGGCACAUCAACGACGCGAGCAAAAACGGAAAGGCACACCCAUCCAGACGCAUUUCCAUCGGUCUUCCGCCAUCCCCCCCGUCGUCGCCUCCAGGUCGGCUCAGAGCGUUCCCCCAGUGACCGCUUGGACUCGGUCACCUCUCUGGUCCGUCCCAGGAUGCAGCUUCGGUUCUGCAGGAAGCAGCUUUGCUUCUGCAGGAAGCAGCUUUGCUUCUGCAGGGGGCGGUUUUGCUUCUGCAGGGGGCAGCUCAAGGAACUUCUGGGCGCCGGAAAGAGCCAUUCAGGUAGACGCCAGGCCCCGAGUACAAACCUCAAGCUCGCAGAUCGCGAGCGAUCCGCAAGACGUGGCUGACGCGGUAGCCGUGGUCGAGACGUGGGAGCGACCGACACCUGUAGCUCUGAAGGCGUUGCAAGAUCUGUUUAAGAGCAACAAUGUGGGGCUGGGGGACUUGAUAGACAGAGUCCGCAAGUCCGGACAGGACACGGAAGAUUUACUGGAGUUAAAGCAGUUGAGGAACAGCGGGUCUUUGUGUUACGCGAACGCGUUGGUGCAGGCGCUCCGGUCAGUCAUUUUGACUUCCGGGUUGAUGCCGACGAACGCGGACGCAUCGGGGCUUGAUAGCCGACUGUGGAACACGCUUGUGGGUUCGGGCUCAGUCUCGGAUUUUGUACAGACCGUUGGAUUCCCAUUGGACAGACAACGCGACCCAGUGGAUCUGUUGCGAGCCAUUGAGGGUUUGCCGGUCAUGCGGCGCAUGAUGUGGAGAGGGGUGUGCGAAUCCUGCCCGCCAAAUUCGCCGUGCUUGGAGCAAUUGAAGUUGGAGGAGAGAAAACCGAUUACGGUCUUUCCUGAGACGACGGCUUUGCCGUUCAGUCGAGCAGUGUGUCCGAAUAACGCAGCACACUCUGUGGCUAAGUGGGAGGUGCCGGAGGUGGUGUUUCAAUGUUUCGAACAGAGCGAGACAAGGGUCACGCCGCGUACUCUGGCGUCUCUCGGGCUAGACAGGGCGACGGUCAACCACUUCUUGGAGGACACGCCCUUUUGCUACACGCCAGAUUUUCUGUUGAACGUGAGGACCGGCAUACAAGUAAGACAAAACGGUACAUUCGUCUGGCAAGGUCGUGAAAUUCACGAGGAGGGAGCCAAGGACACGUUUGCAAUCGACAUCUUCGCCGAAGACAAGAAACGAUUCGAUCCGCAACUGACACAACGGGUGGUCAACCAACUCAACCGCGUCAGGGAAGAGUAUCAGUACGCCAGCGGUGGUUCCAUUAUAUUGAGGGAGAAGGUACACGUACAAGGCACGCAAUUCAGACUUCGUGCAGCCGUCAUCCACAAAGGCGCCGACAAUGCCGGGCACUACUACACGCUCAGAAAAUACGCCGGGCAAACAGUCGUUCUCAAUGACAGCCACGCCGUUACUUCCCGCGACCCCUUCAUCCUUCUACCCGACGAAACCCCCCGCAUUCUCGUCUACCAACGCUGUUAG